AUGAGGAAUUUUGCUCAUAAAAAUGGCUUUAAGCAGGACCCACAAGAUCAGGAACAAGCAUUCAAGCAGCACGUCCUGCAGCUGUUAAACAUCACCCGCUUCACACUGCAGCAGCAUGGCGAGAUGCUCAACAACCUCUGCGCAACCCUUCCAGUCCACGCAGUUAUUGCACACCCGUCCCUCGUCGAACAAGCGUUCAACACACUACCUGACCUCCUGGCCUUCGAGAAAGAGUUGGAUGAAGAGAAGGCUCCACGUCUUGUUCAUGAGCUCGAGCAACUCGGGGGCAAGACUGCAAGCAAGGCCACGAAGCGGAUGCUGACGCAUCUGCUAACUGAUGAGCUAGCUGCACAGUUCUCGUGGAUCGGAAGAAAGGGAAAACUCAACUUUUCAGUUUUAAAGACUGCCACUGCGAUUACUGAGUCGGAUUGA